AUGAGUCUGCAUGGGUGUGUUUUUCUCUAUGAGCAAUAUUGAGGGUGGGGGUGGGGUAGGGGCUCCACCUGCUGCCACCUGUUCGUCUGCUUUGUCUUAUAAAAGCUGCCCCGAUGUCUCCAGGAUCACAGACACCUUGGACUCUUCAGACUGAGCACUCCUUGGAGUUGCAAAUACUUGAGACCCCGCACAGGGAAAACCUUGGGAAAACAAAUAAAUCAAAGCUCUAACACAGAGAAGCACUGAAUCUUGAACGUAGGAACCUCUCUGAUAAAUCUGAUUAGUUUGAGUCUUCAAUCGAAAACCAUGAAGGCCCGUCGACCCAGCUGCACCGACUCUGGAUCCGAAUCUUCAGAGCUGGACUCCAAGAGCCCGGAGAAGUACGAGACUGCCACAAGGCGCCGGAUGGCUGCCAACGCCAGAGAGAGGAAGAGGAUGCAGGGCUUGAACACAGCCUUUGAUCGCUUACGUAAGGUGGUCCCACAGUGGGGCCAGGACAAGAAGCUGUCCAAGUAUGAAACCCUGCAGAUGGCCCUCAGCUACAUUGUGGCCCUCAACCGGAUCCUGACAGACGCCAGGAGGCACACUGGUCCUCACAGGCAGUGGCUGGACCUGCAGUUUGACUGCGUGCAGCCUGAAAACUACUCCUGCCUCAUGAGGUACGACUCCGCUACCGGACAGGAGUACAUCCACUCAUCGCUCUCGUAUCAGUUUGACGGGCAUGAGGUGCACGCAUAAACUGCUCCAUCGAGUAGAUAAUCAGUCAUGUUGUUGGAUGUGAAUGACAAUGUGAAUCAUUUUCCUCCAGUCUAGGAGACAGUAAAUACAUUUGUAUUGCAUUAUUUUCCUUUUGUAUGACAAUCAAAGAGGCUUCAGUUUCGGCUUGAAGCCUUUCAUUUGUUUUUGCUAGGAAAUCCAGCAAUGUUGAGCAAGUUGUUGUUCAGAGUAUAGCAAUGACCAUUAGAUUGUACUGAGGAUACAGGCAAUGUUGUAUUUUUUUUAAUCGGUUAUUUUGAUAUGGCCCUAAAAAAGCUGUGCAAUGUUUGAUGGAUUAUGCAAAAAUCACUGUGGUCUUAGAUGCAUAGCUGAUGUCCAGAUAACUAAGGUAACUAUUUUCC